AUGGACGAAGAUACACUCCACCUUGUGGCGUGUGCCCUUUCGGGCCUUGCCUCCUUUUCCUUCAUCCUCACCUACAUUAUCCUGACGGUGCAAGCGAGCAACACCGCAACAAACAAUGCGAACAAUGGCAACAGCUCGUCGUCUGAUGAUAAUGAAGGUGUCUCGGCAGCUGCUAGGGUGGUCUUUCUCGUCCUCGGCAUCGUCCUCGGCUCGCUCUCGUGCGCCAUCUACAAGCGCUAUCGCAACACCUUUGCCUCCACCAGGCGGAGCCGUCGCAAUACUCUGCUCAAUCCGGGUGCGCAACCGACGUAUGCUGCCGGUCCGCGUGCGCCGCCGGCGUUCAACACCCCAGCGCCGCACGUCCAGAACCCGGCGCCGUACGUCGUGCCGUACAACCCGCCACGGGUGUCUGGCACGCCACCACCGCCGCAGUCCAACUACGCCCCGCCGCCGCCGUCUUCGUUGGGCUACGGCCCUCCACCGACAGCCUCACGCGGCGCUGUUCCUCCAGUGUACGGGGGGUCGGUGCCGCCAUCGUUUGGUGGCGCAGGUGGCUACCAGCCACCGCCAGUCACCCACGCCCCGCCGCAGCACCCGCAGACCAAGCCACCGCCGAUGCCCUCUGCCCCGCCGCCGGCGCCUGCAGUUCCACCCGCGCCUGCGCCCGACAUGCCGCCGCCGCUCUAUUCCACUACCGAGUGA